GCACGAAACAGCAGUCUUGCGAAAGAGAAACGUACACAAACAUUGCAGCUUUCCUUGGUGCUCGGAAAUGGAUUUAAUACUGCUUGCAGGAAUCGCAACUGCACUGCUAGUUGUGUUAAUCACCCUUCUAUUCCUUAACAAAAGCAAAUCAAAGAGUGAUGGGUCUGCUGCUGCAGCACAAGCACCACCAGCGCAAGUUGAUGAGAAUGUUCCACGUCGCGCACAGGUGGUGCGAAACCAAAGGAAUCGGGCCCGUGUUGCUCAGAUAGCUGAACCCGUGGGCGAUUCGGAGGAGGAAGAUACCAUACCCCCGGCACAGCAUGACUACGCGGGUGAAAAGAUGGGCGCUAAAAAGCGGGCCAAGCUGGAAGCCAAGGCCCAAAAGAAGACGGAACGCGAGCAAGAGCUAAGGCACCGCGAAGAGCAGAAAAAGCGAGAGGCUCUGCUGGAGGAGGAGCGCCGUAAACAGGCGGAAAAGGAGGAACAGGCCGAAAAGAACCGGGAAGAGGCGGAACGGCUCGCGCGCGAAGAGAAAGAGCGCAAGGAACACGAGGAAUAUCUUUUGAUGAAGCAAGCGUUCAGCGUCGAGGAGGAAGGCUACGAGGAGGAGGAUGCAGAUGGGCAGGAAAAUAGUCUGCAGGAGUUCAUCAAGUUUAUACAGGACAACAAGGUCGUCGUGCUGGAAGAUUUGGCAGUGCAGUUCAAGCUGAAAGUGCAAGCAGUUAUCGAUCGCAUUGGUGAGCUGCAAAAGGAGGAACGAAUCACUGGUGUGAUCGACGAUCGGGGCAAAUUCAUUUACGUGUCGGAAGAGGAGCUGAAAUCGGUGGCCAAGUUCAUCAAACAGCGGGGUCGUAUCUCUAUUACGGAGCUGGCGGAAAACAGCAACCAGCUGAUAAACUUGACACCGGUCGUUGCUUCCGAAAGCGCCUAACAAGUGUGGUGAUAGGCAGAAUGUAUCAUAGAUCAUUUAUCUAUUUGUUUCCUUCCAAGCCGCCAAUAUAUUGUUUCAUUAUCAUACAGCUCGGUAAA